CGCCCCUAUCCCUCCUGGCCCCGCCCCGCCGCCCGCCAUGUCGCUGCGCUUCGCCGCUAACCUUUCCUGGUUGUUCCCGGAGCUCCCGGCGCUGCCGGCGCGGCUGGAGGCGGCGGCGGCCGCCGGGUUUGGGGCGGUGGAGGCAGCCUGGCCGGCGGGCUGCCCGGCCCAGGCGCUGCGGACCGCGGCAGAGCGGGCGGGGGUGCGGAUCGUCCUGCUCAACACCCCUCCCGGGGACCCGGAGAAGGGAGAGAUGGGGCUGGCGGCCGUGCCGGGGCGGCAGGACGCGUUCCGCCAGGGCCUGGCCGCGGCAGUGCGGUACGCCCGGGCGGUGGGCUGCCCCAGGAUCCACCUGAUAGCUGGGCGGGUUCCCCUGGGUGCAGACCGGGCAGCAGUGGCAGGUGAGAUGGAAACCACCUUCAUUGAGAAUCUCAGAUAUGCUGCUGACCUCCUGGCCCAGGAAGACAUGAUUGGACUGGUGGAGCCUAUUAACAACCGCAUCACUGACCCUCGCUACUUUCUGAACACCCCACACCAAGCUGCCGCCAUCCUGGAGAAGGUGGGACGACCCAACCUGAAGCUGCAGUUGGACCUCUUUCACUGCCAGAUCAUGGACGGGAAUUUGUCACGCAACCUGGAGACAUACUUCCCACUCAUCGGUCACAUCCAGAUUGCACAAGUGCCAGGGCGGCAUGAGCCCAACAGUCCUGGGGAGCUGAACUUCCCCUACCUCUUUGAGCUCCUGGAGUCCCUUGGCUACACUGGCUAUGUGGGGUGCGAGUAUGCUCCAAAAGGAGACACACUGGAAGGUCUGGGCUGGCUGCGUUCCUACUGGGAGAGCCGAGGCCUGCAACACAGUGGGACCAGCAAGGCAGCAGAGUAAAGCAAGAAAAGCACUGGAAUAAAAGUCAAAGCUAAUGGCUUAACAGAGAA